GGUUCGCGAAAAUAAUUGAUUUUUCGCAGUUGCAAAGCUUGGAAAUCGACAAAAACACCGCCAAAAAGUAGAUUUGUCCUCAAAUCAACGCAAUCAACUGGAGGUUCGGCGAAACAUUUGAAGGUUUGCGUGAAUUUCGAUAAAAUUGUGGUGCACUGAAAAAUUUUUUGCGAAGAAAAAUGGGCGAUUCCAAGGAAGAUUUUAUCGGAGAGGAAAAUUAUGAAAUGCUCAAAAGUUUGUACGAUUUCAAGGCAGUUUAUCCCAAAACCAUUUCCUUUGACGAAGGGGAGUUUUUCAUCAUGCAUCAGACAAGUACUCGCCAACGAAAUUGGUGGCAAGUGGUCAGUAUGAAAGGAAAUAUCGGCUUCGUUCCUUCCAACUACGUGAUGAAGCUAAAAGUUGAACCGUCGUUCAUCGUGGGAUUUUUAGAGUCCAGCAUUGAAUCUUUGAAAUUAACUUCGGAAAAUGACGAAAUUAACGGAAUAAUUUUGCGCGACGAUUUAAUCAAAAGUUUGGAACAACGCAAAAGUCACUUGGAGUACUUAAUCGAGGCCAAAGAGAAUGGCGAACGCAAUCCCAAAGUCGAUAAAAAGAUCGCCAAUGGCAAUAUCAAGAGUGCCACGUACAACGACGGCAAUCUUUCGGACGACUUGCGAAAUGACGUGCGUCACAAACUACCUGAUGAAGUGCCAAGCAACGCAAAAACCCAAAAUUCCAAAGAAAAUCCGCAAAAAAGUACUUUACAAGCGACGCCAUCCGAGCAAAUUGUCUCCCCAAGCCCUCAUGACAACAGUAUCAUGUCGGAAGCGAGCGAAGCGAAUACCACGACAACUACAACAACAACAACGAGCGACGAAAUAACGACAAUUUCCAAGUUGGACAAGCCGAAGAAGCAAAAAACGCCCGAAAUUGAGGCCGAUAUCAAGGAAGAGCCGAAAGAAACGCUCUCCGUUGAGGUCGAAGCACCCGAAGUUUAUGCCAUUCUCGAUGCCAUCCGGAAAAACACGAACCUAAGUCACGACAUGUCAUGUUCCGUCUUACGUGUGGUCCUCUCGGAGCUCGAAGCGAUCCUCCCGAGCAGCAUAACUUCCUAUUUAGAACCUAUCGCGGCACAUUUGGCGGCUAAUUUGCCCGCGCCCGACAACAUGUUGGGCCAAACUCAUGACGCGCAACGCUUAAGAAUCAUUUUUUCCGAACUCGCGGACUAUAAAAAUGAUUCGCAGCAACGAAGCUGGAUGCUGUACGAAGACGAGGCGGAUAUCCGGCGAUAUUUGUCGGAGCUUGUGACCAUUUUGACGGAUGCCGAUCCGAAAAUUUGUCGUCAUGAGAUGUCGUCGGACCAGUAUCAGGCAAUAACGAAUCUCGUGCAAUAUUAUCAGAUGGAAACGAGAUGGUCCAUAAGGAAAUUGCUCCUUAAGGCUUUUACGGCGAUGUCCCAUCUCGACUAUAUCGCCGUCGAUAUUUUACUUAAUUCGGUGCUGCCCAUGGAACUGAUCCAAGAUAUGUUGUCAAAUCCGAAAAAUGUCGAUUUGCUGCAAUCGCUUGCCAAUAUGCUCACAAUUAUUUUCUCCAUUGGCCGGAAAUUGCCGGUAAAUCAUCAGGAACAUCUUCGUUCGGAGUUUAUUUCGUUCAUAAUUAAUCUCAUUGAGAACCCUGUCGAUAUGGAAUUCCAGGAAAUUAUGGACGACUUGAUUUAUUUGAUUCUCUCGUUCAACUUGCAGUUCACCGAUGCCGACGAUAAUGUCGUUAUCGAAGCCAUGCAGCAAUUACAAUGUGCCAAAAAUUUCACCGAAAAGAUCCUUUUGCUCAUAAAUCGCGAAAGUGAUCCGGUGGCGUUGCUGAAACACACUCAGCCGCCCAUCAAUUCGGUCGUCAAAAUGUUCAUCGACAUGUACAAUUUGCCCGUUACCGCAGCCCUCUUUUACACGAACGACAACAAAGUCCUCAUCGACAUCAUAGUGCGUCAAUUAUCCGAUUUACCAGCGGGAGAAAUGAUUCGUCGACAUUAUUUGGAGCUGGCACGUCGCAUAAUCCGCAAUACCAACUACAGCGAACAGCAGCAUCGCAAACAGGAGUUACUCAAGAUUUUUACGAGAAUUUUCUGCGAAGACACGGAAAUUAGUGGCGGGGAUCAGCAAGUUUGUCGUGAGAUUGCAAACGAGUUUCCGCAGAUUUUUAAGGCCUAAAGAGCGAGCGAGGUUGGUAGAGAAGAAGAAGAAAAAAUUUUUUCUAAGUGUUUUUGUAGAACUAGAACAUGGCAGCAGGUUGAAAAAAAAACGCACAGAAGUCUCGAAAAAGAGGUAAGAUUUUUUUGUUCAUUCCUGAAAAUGAAAUCAUUUCCAAAUAAUUCCAUUUUAUGAUAAAUUAAUUUUAAGUCGAAUGCCAAAGACAGUAUUAAAGUCAACAGAAACUCUCCGUUUUACUUUUAAAAAAAUAUUAUUAAAGCAGUUUUAAAUUAAAUUUUGUGAUCAAUUGAAACAUUUUUACUCAUUGCAUC